AUGACAGAAUCAGUAAAGAUGAUUUUACUGGAUUUGAAGGUUGAUGAUGAUGAAUCUUUAUCCGAAUCACGUGAUUCAUCUCCGUAUUCAAAAUUGAAAGAAAAAUUGAGGACGAGAAAAUGUGAGUUAAAAGCCUUUUCUUUGAAUUUUGAAUCUGUAGGAUCGUUAGGAGUGUAUGAACGGCAAGAUUGCUCCAACGAUUGUUUCAGUCAUCCAUGGGAUGUUAGAUUUAGUAGAAAAUAUAAUUGCAUUGUGAUUUCGGAUUAUGGAAACCAUCGGAUUCAAGUGUUUUGUGCAAAUUCAAAAGAAUACAAAACAACACUAAAAUUCUCGACAACAAUUUAUUCUCCAGCAAGCUUGUAUAUUGAACACGAUUAUGAUGGAUAUGAUAGAGAAGCUCUAUUCGUUGAAUAUGAAAUCGAUGAAGCGAGAUAUAUCAGUAAAUAUGAUCUCGAAAGCUUUCUUAUUAAUUCAAUGGAACAAGUAGAAACACACGAGUUAUGGAAAUCGACAAAAUGUAGUUGCCCAGCUGGAAUUGCUGUUUGGAAAAAGACUCGGUCGAUACACGAUAGAAUUGUUUUCGUGUGUGAUUAUGACGAGAGUGUCAUUUAUUUAUUUAAAUCUAGCACUGGAGAAUUCAUAUCAGCACUUACAUCAGACUCUCCUCUAUUUUAUAUUAAGCACCCGUUAGGCAUUGAUAUUAGCAUGGAAGGAUUGGUGUUCAUUAGCCAAGGUUUGUCACAAAACAACAUUUUAAUAUUAAGGUAUUCCUAUGAAAAUGGGAAAUGGAUAACUUUGAAUAAGAUUUCCAAUGUAAACGACCUGUUUAGCGUUCCCAGAGGUCUUGUUUUUGAUAAUGUCUCUAAACGGUUAUUGGUCAGUAUUUGUGAAAGUAACACGAUACAGGUUUUUACAGAGGAUGGUGCUUUCUGUCAAAUGUUUGGAUACAAUAAGAAAGAUAAGAAUGGAUUUUUGAAUCCUGAUGGAAUAUGUGUAAAUGAACUGACUGGAGAACUUUACGUUUGUGAUUAUGGCAAUCAUAGAAUACAAAUAUACAAGUAA